UGUGUUGGUAUGCUCCGCCAUGCCGCCGCUCUCCCACGAGAGCGCGAAAGCACAGAAGUCGCUGUGUGACACAAAGAGGAGUGUCAGGCAGCAUAAAUUUCAGCAUACAAAAUUCCACACACCGUCGCAGAUACUUUUCGGCAAGUUCUCCGGAGAAAACUCGAGUGUAAAUAAUUUCAAAAAAAAAACCUGAAAAGUUCCUUAUAGUGUUUAGCCGAUGGAUUUGUGUAAAUAAAUUCGUUUAGCGGUAAAUACUGCAAGUGCGCAAAAUUCGGCCCAAACGGGUACGUCUUUUAUUUGCGGGUGUUUAUUCGGGCCAAAUGUGCCCAAGUGGCCAAUGAGAUAAAUCAAACAAGUUUCAAGCAAAGAAAGGAAGAAAGAACGGCCGCGGCUGGCGGGAGUGGAAAUUUAUAUGAAAUCGUGAAAUCAUAAAUAAAACAUAAAUUAUGUUUAGCUGGCAGUUGGCGGCAACAAAAAUAAAACCAUCAAAAGCAACACACACACGAAAAAAAAAAAGAUGCGAGCCAAGCGGAUAUAUUUUGAUUUUUUUUUAUAAAUAGAAAAAUCAAUUUCGCACGCAGAGAGCCCGAAGCUCUCCCCCACACACACAUGCGCAUGUGUGUGUGUCUAUUAUAAGUCCAGUGAGCGGAGCGGAAGAGGGAGCCAGCGAGCCAGCCAGCGAGUGGCCGCGGCCACUUUCUCAGAAUCUCAGAAUAAUUGAAUAUAAUUCAAGUGUUUUUGUUGCACUAUUUGUUGUGCUUAUUAUUGUUAUUAUUUGUUUAAAUUAUCCCAACAACAAAGCGCGCGCGCCAUUUCCUUACCUUACCUUAUAAAAAAAAAAAAUUGAAAAAAAAACCGCCCACAGUGGGCACAACAACAACAACCACAACAAGAGAAGAGAGACGACAAGGAGCUUACAAGCUCAAGGAGAGCAAGCUGCGAUUUAGUGCAGCCCUGGUCGCAAGAACCCUUUUAUGGGUUUGUCCUGUUUACAAAUUGACGGUGCAAAUUCAAUUUAUAGCACGGCAGAAACAAGUGGUUGAGUGCCAGCCAGGGACCAAUUUAAUUUCCGUUCCUGUCCCCAAAGAAAGAAAACAAAUAAAUGCGAAUAGGGGGGAGGGAAAUGUCUCAACAGUCGGAAUUCCAUAACAAGAACUGGCAGUGAUUCCAAAUUCUUUUCUUUAAUGUUUUAGAUUGUGGGUGAAUAUUUACACUUUUUCUUUAAAAAUAUUUGAAAUUCGGCUAGACUAGGGAAAGUCCACUGUAUUUGGUUUGAACUGGAAAUAGGUGGCUGGCCGAGUGGGUGGCUUUUGGGGGUGGUUGAAUGGUAUUUUCCUCGAGAAUUCACGCACAAAUGUUGGAAGAACAUUUGUUGCUGCUACUGCUACUGCUGCUGCUGCGGAAUCUUUCGAAAUUGACAACAGCAGCAGCGGACGCAGCAUCGAAGCGGUACAACAACCACAACAACAUCAAAUCAAAUAAAUUAAAUUUACACACAUAGUUAAAUUAGUGAAAAUUGAAUAAAAACAGAAGAAUAGACGACUAGAGCGACUACAAGAGAGGAACGAGAACGUGUCGAGCAACAAAUUAAUAAUAAAAAAAAUAACGAAAAAAGAAAAAAAAAAUAGAAAUACAAAUUGAAAACAACAACAAAGCAGCAGCGGCAGAAGCAGCAGCACCGACUGCGGAUUUUAGGGGCAACGGCGGCACAUUGAAAAGAUGGGCUGUGGACAAAGCAAGAUACAUUUGUAUCCCAGGAAAUCGAAGAGUAAAGCCAACGGCAAGAAAGGAGGACAUGCCGACUCAGACGCCGAAACGGACGAGGACGAAGGCCACAUCGAGGACGCCGAGAAGGCACAGCAACGCGACCGCGAGAAGCACGACGAGAGCGAUGAGUCAAGCAAUAAGGAUGUUCCGGAUAGUGACGACGACGUGGCCGUCUCGCUGCUGCGCGCCAAGAAUCUAUCCUUGCUCCAAAGCCAGGAAAUAUCAUCUAGCCAGCAGAACUUCUUCCGCAUGCUGGACAAGAAGAUUGAUGAGGGUCCCGACUACGACUCGGCCAGCGAGACGGAGAUCGCCCUGGAGGAGGCCCGACUGAACGCCCUGCGCCAGCACUGGGAAUCCGCCAGCCUGACGGCCUCCAUCUGCUCCUCGGCCAGCCGGUCGCUGCAGACCACGCCCAUCCGACAAGUGCAGGUGCCUCUGAAGCAGCCGCCUCGUGGCGCUGGCCUGCUGCUCCAACCCUCCAGUGCCGCCGCCGUCUCAUCCGCGAUGGUCAGUAUCCCUGCGACGGAGUAUCUACCUCAGCAUGUGAUGGCGGGGCGACAGCUGGCGGGGCAGCAGCAGCAGCAACAGCAACAACAGGCGGCGGUGCUCUACCAGCAGCAGCAGCAGCUGAUCCUGCUGCCCCAGCUGGACGGGAGUGUCGUCAACACGUCCACGGCGGCAGCGGCCCAGCUCGCCCAACUGCAGCAGCAGCAACUCAGCCAGCAACAGCAACUCUAUCAGCAGCAACAGCAGUAUCUGUUGUCCCUACCCGCCGGUGCCAAGCCGCAGAGCGUCAGCCCCAAGCGCCUGCUGUACGGCAGUACCGUGGCCGGCGCCGUGCCGCCCGGCACAUCCGCCUGCCCCCAGCCGGCGGCCCCUCCUUCCGUUCAGUAUAUCGCCGCUGGAUCGCAAAUGAUGCAGCCGGGGGCCAGCGGUGGCUUUGUCAAUGGCGCCGGCGCCAUUUCCGGGAUCGCAGCGGGCCGAGGACCCCUGCAGCUGGCUUACUAUGGCGCUGCACCCCCGAGCACUGCCCCCCCGCUGGCGACGUCCGCUCCAAUGGCCCCCGAAACAUAUGAACCGCCAACCGCUCCACACAGCCAAACUCAGCAGCAGCAGCAACAGCCGCCGCCGGGCGCCUACUACGGUGAGAUGAUGCACGGCGUCCAGCCUGCCCCGGCGGUGGAGUACAAGUUCCCGCCGGCCAUCAGUGUGCAACGGUUGGCGCCGCAGGUGCAGCGGCAGCUGCGAGAGACGCAGGAACUCAUAAAAGACUCGUGCCCGCAACUGUAUGCGGCGGGCUAUGGCAGCCCAGGACCACCGAUACGCAACCCCAACAGGAACCCCACUAGAACUAGACCCACCCUGGAGACUCAGUUCUCGCAGGAACUCUCGUGAUAUCUAUAUAUGUAAACAGCCCAGCCAGCAGACACAUUCAAGCACACACUCACCCCCAGCCAGUUGAAGAAACUGCAGCCAAAGAACAAGCAGGAACUUAACCAAAAUUAGAAAAAAAGAAACCCUUAACAAAAAAAAGCAAGAAAAAAGCAAAAAAAAAAGAUUCAAAUCGAAGAAAAUCAAUUAUAAAAAUUGUAAAACUGCACUCAAUGUUUCAGAACCCUCAAGAACCCCGCGGGCGAAUUAGGCCCCCAAAUAUGCGUACUACUUACAAGAGCCAGAUGAAGAGGAAGCCAGAACAACAACUACUACUAAACCUAUGCGGAGCAACAAAAAAAGUUAAAAAUAAAUGAAAUUAUUAAAACUAAAGUAAUUACUCAAGAGGCAGCCAAAGAGGAGGAGGAGGACGAGUAGGAUAGGAAGGUAGCAUGUUGGAUCCGGAUCCGAAUCCGAAAGCGCAAGGUACAUAGUGUUAGGAAUCGAGUAUAACGUUAUAAAGCGAUAUAUAUGCAAAUGCCACAAAUAGGAAGGGAGCAUAGAGGUGCAGAGACCCCCGCCCGAACAAAGCAAACACAAAUCAUACAAAGUAAAUAAUAAUAUAAAGUGUAACAAAUACAAAUGACUUCUACAUUCUCACGCAAUUUUGUUAGUCAUAAAUCUCGUGGUGUAAUUUUUUAACAAAUAUUUUCCGUCAAAUUCUCGAAAUGGUGUAAUAACGUUGACGUUUGAAUAUGAAGGACGAUGGGAUGUUCGUUGGAUAUGCAAUUAAACGGAUGACGCUGUCUAGUAAUAUUUGUAUAAUUUAGUUCUAUUUAUUAUUAUGAUAAUUUUGGAUGUAUAAUAGUUUUUCUUAUAUGAAUAUAUUUAUAUAUAUUUAAAAUGAAAAUAAAAGCAAAUCAAUUAAGUUUA